CGUUUAAAGUUAAAAAAAAAAAAAGUAAGCAAGUUCCACAAAGGAAUACACAUUCAUGAAGAUCACCCCUGCAAGAAAGAUGGGUAUCAGCAAUCUUGUUUAUGGAAUUAUCUGUAAAAAAUUAAAUAAACAACUAAAAGUCAUAAAAAUAUUGAAGAGGCAGCUAAAAAUCACCUUGAAAAUAAAGUCUGGACCUAUAUAUACAAUACCUGAAAAAUAUCCACCAAAAUGUUAGUAUAAUUAAUUAAUCGGUCAAUUGCUAUUUAUCUGUAUCUUUAUUUUCUGUGUCUUGUUUACUGUGAUAAUCAUCCUGUAUCUCGUAGAUUUUUAAGUUCUGUUUCACACCACAAAGGGAGCUGAUCAUUAGGACAUCUGAAGGAAUGGCUGCUGAAAAUGAGACAGUGCAGUCCUCUUUGAAUAAUAAAUUUAAAAUCAGUCAUUUCAAGAAGUAAGAUCCAUUUGCAACACUUAAAUCAGUUUGAUGGUACCUUGAUAAAAAGUAGCAAUUUUCCCAAAAACAUGAAACCUUCUGUGUAAUUCCAAUCUUUUGAAUGCUAGUGUAAACACACACAUGCAUUAUAUACUGUAUAUAUAUAUAUAUAUAGAGAGAGAGAGAGAGAGAGAGAAGGCCGUGUGUGGCCCCCAGUCACAGUCAAUGCAGACUUACUCCACGCUCUGGUGUCCAUUCUGUGUGUACAUUUCCUGAAAACCUGAAGUCGAGUUUUAGACCCUUACCUUAUUUAUUGAAAAAGUGAAAAGGGCUCAAAAAAUGGAGAAGUGGAUAUAAAGUAACAUUUAUCAGCAAGCCACAUACUAUUUGAUUAAAUCAUGAAAGCUGUAAAACAUAGUAACUAUAAUGUUUUCCUUUAUACGAUCUGUUCACGCAAUUUAUGUAUUGUAUUUAACAAUAACAGUUGAACUUCAGAUUUCUAGAAAAAAAAAAUAUUUCAGCUCCGGAGAUCUCUCUUCGAAAAGACUUCAUUGCGAAGACUGAGAGGACGAGGGUCUUAAAGCUGUACCGUUAAUCCUUUUGUCUAUUAGCAUAAAUUAUUUCUAAUCCUUCCCCGCAUUAACACACUUUCGUGGGUCGCCGCUGAUCAAACAUCCGAGGCGUAGAACUGUGGGCCGCCAAUGGCCCAUGCUGAGAUCGCCGUCUUCCCGCGCCUCAGAUGCGGCGCAGAUGCGCAGUCGGCCGUCCGCCGUCCGCCGUAUCGUUGCGGCCCCGCUUACUUUCCCUCGUGCAGGACGAAGUCUUUAAAACAGUCUACCUGUGAAAAUCAGAGGCCGACAGGUCAUGUUGGGUUUUCUUUUUCCACCACAGUAAACGCAUACCCCCUGCUAACACCUCCACAAUGCUGAUCUUUAUUAUAAAUCGCUCUUCCUAAUUUAAGAGAGAGAAAAAAAAUCUGAUUUACUUUUGGAAAGCAAUGCUACAGGAUUAGUGAAAUCUCCUAUCCUCACUAACCCCUUAACAAAACUGCUGAGAUUAGCUGGAAUUUAUUUUCUCUUGCUUUAUGUUUUCUCUUCAAGGGAUUAUGAUUUUUUUUGUCAACUUCACUUAUAAAGGGAGUCAGCGAUCCAGCGGAGAGUAAAAACAUCAGUGUUUCCCAAGGAGAAGAGCUCCUCUGUAUUAUUUCCGCUUAUUACUUGACUUUAAAGACUUGAAAUCCGUCAGCAUUAGAAAACACGAAAACGUUCACAUUUUCUCAGAAUGGUUUAUUAGUUUUAAAUGAGUUCGAAAGACCCUGCAGAUCGGAUGUUCUUGAUGCGGGUAUGGCUAAAACGGUCAAAAAGAAGUUCUCGUUCACCAUUGAGGAGAUUCUUGCCAAACUGCCGGAGUCAGACGGGGGCCAAGGGCAUGCUCAACGGCCCCUCUCCCUGCUCUGCUUUUCAGGAGAAGAAUCCCGAGAGGAAGUGAUUGUGGACGUGCACCCGAGCACCACCCCAGGGGACCUUCGGGACGGGGUCUGCUACUGCUGCUGUUGCUCCCACCGCGGGAGGGCGUCCUCACCCGAUUAUCCGACUGUGACCGCCUGCAAACUGCUGUGGACCAGGCGGCUCUUUCCGAACGCCGGGGUCGCGGACUCCCCCCGAACGGCCGGUCGCAUCGAGGAGCUUUUCUUCAGUCACAUCCAGCGGAGGACGAGGCGCCACCGGACGAUCUUCACGGAGGAGCAGCUGCAGGCACUCGAGGAGCUCUUCGACCAGAACCAGUACCCCGACGUGACGACCCGGGAGCAGCUUGCCAUUCGCACGCACCUGCGGGAGGAGCGGGUCGAGGUGUGGUUCAAAAACCGAAGAGCGAAAUGGAGACGGCAAAAGCGAGUGUGCUUGGCCCAGGAACACCAAGAACAAUGGAAAAUGCUGGAAAACUCGGACUGACAACUCAUUCGUGUGAAUAGGAGGGUCUGCCAGCAUAUCUAUCUGCAUCGUUCAGUCUUUGUAAAGUUUUAUUUAUUAUAGCGAGGCAAAUAAAGCUACUGGGAAGCCUACAUCCUGAAGUCGUUUAAGGAGUGCACUUGCAACCCCAUUGAUUGUGUUACUUCACCUGUUAAAAGUCUCACCAAGUCAAUAUGUUGUUAGUUGUGUAGGGUGCGUAUGGUGGCGCAGUGGUUAGUUCUAUCACUAUUCUUUUUUCCACUUUUUUGUUCAUCUCCCCAUAUCUGCUUCUUUCUCAUCCAGCUGAGUACACCCUUAAAAAUGCCAGUUCUUUAAUGCGCUUUACUUGGCUCUGUGGUUCCUCAUUGCUUGAGGAAAAACCAUUUUAUUCUGAGAAGGGAACUUUGCAUAUGAAAUUGGUUCUUUGGGGUUUGAAAUUGUGCGGACAAAACCAAAAUUCUAAAUGUGUAUUGAGCUACCAAGCAGGAUGGAACAGAUCAAGAAAACCUGAACUUAGUUCGUGUGACUGUAUACAGAGACAAUGCUUUUAAAAUCAAGGGCCCUCUGAGGUGGCACAGAUCUAGUGUAGGUUAUUUAUGAAGGCUGUUACAGACCUCUAUAAUUAAAGGUUCCUUCUGGGUUCUUCAUAAGGAUAGUUGUUUUGGGAGCUAAAAAUAGUUUCCCUGUGUCAUCAAUCUAAAGAAGCACUUUGGCACUUUUUAUUUUAGUAGAGUGUUGGUUAAGUUGAGUGAUACCUGCACAUUGGCACAUAUUGAGUAAGCAGAUGAACUGUAUGUGUAUGUGCCUAACACAGGACCAGCACCCAGCCACUGAUGGGUCCUGCCUCGCUGUAGUGUUGCUCCAGUUACACAGAACCUUAUCAGCUGAAAUGAGAAAAUGAAAGACCUUAAAAUUGGGGGCUAUGUGUGAAAGCCUCAGAUUUAAGAUUCAUUAGGAGGCCAUGAUUUGUUAAUAAAACACAUGUAAAUGUGUAGAGAUUAGACCCACAACACCUCAAAUGCCAGACCCUCCCAUUGCAUUGGCAAUGUGGUAUUCGUAUAAAUCUAUGUGAAUAACAUUAAAAAAUAAGCAACAUCCAGCAUUUAUUAAAUCAUAUCCCAUCUAUCCAUCCAUAUGUCCUGCUUAGGCCAGCCUAGCAAUUACAGUGCACAAAGUGGGAUUAAUCCCAUAGUAAUGAAACAUCCGUUAAUUUUCAAGGUAACAAUGUUGGGAGCAACAAGUAACACGGCAGGCGCAAGAGGCUGAUCAGUUUCUGAGCUCUUGGUUGUUAAGUGACCCAAAGACACAUCCUUAGGAGGAAGUCUGUGUUAAAGUUGGGUCCUCCACUGCACCACUGACCUUUCAGCCUGGCAGCAUUCACUUCAGACAGUGGGGAGAAGCCGAAGGAAACACUCAAUGGGUACACUGUGGGCCUGCCACCCCACAUUUCCAAACACAUCUGUAGGGCUAACUCGGGGUCCUUUAUGACCCUGACUGCAACACUUGUAACAGAAACAGAGAAAUGGGUGUUAUAAAGCUCUGGGACAUCUUGGGAUGCAAGUCACAUAUUCCUACCAUUAUACAUGCCUAUUGUCUCUCUUCUCGCCAGACAAAUUAAAAUUGUCCAGUUUCUUAGUUCUUAUGAGUUUAGUGUCCCCUAACCAUCCCAAGUGCUCCAAGUUUCUCGAUCUUCAGGCUUUAAAUCCCUUAGCUUCCUUUGGGUAUCUAACUGCUUCUCAACUCUCCUCCUCAGUGCUUUUAUUUUGCCAUCUAGUCCAGGCACUAAUAGCAGUACCACACAUCUUUACUGAACUUUAUUUGUCAUUUUGUCAUAUUGGGUCCUAGGGUGACCUAAUUCUCCCCUUUAUACUCUUUAUUAUGUAGACCUGACCAAAAUGCUUCUGAAUCCCUGAUAAUAGGCCUCACAUAAUCCAAUAACAUUUAUAUAUAUGACUUGAGGCAACGAGACAGAGUAGCAGAAGAGGCAGGAGAUUAACUUACAUAUUUAUUCAUGCAUUACAGAUGAUAAGUAUUGGUUAAAACAAUACAACCUCAUAAUAAGCUACCAGGUGGCUGUCUGUCUUAAUGUCUUUUAGUCUCUGGUCCAAUUUGGUCUGGCAUGGCCCUUGACCUCAUCAGAGAGAUUUUGUCAGGUUGCAAAACGUCAGAGAGAGAGCUUCACUUUAAAAAAAUCUUCUGGCCGCUUGACAUGCCUCUCACAUAAGUGGGUAUGUAGUUCCCAAUGAAACAGCUCUGGUACGAUUCAGCCCCCAUUCCAGCCCAGACUUUUUUUUCCCGGUGGAGGAAGGGACACUGUACGUUGGUUGUGCCUAUCCCUUCCAUUCCAGGCCAUGCUGGCCUCUUAAUGGCCUUUCAUCUCAGCCCACCUGUAUUGCCCCGUCGGUUUUUUACAUUUUUUUUCUGUACUAGUUCUAAUCUGUUUGAAGUACAAUAAUUGGUUUCUGAAGUAUUACUUUUUUAAGAACAUAUUUUUAUCAUAACAUUAUUACACCAACCUCAUGAUAAAUGCCAACUCAGCACUGUCCUGCCAACUAGAUGUAUUUUUUUAAAAUCAGUAAGUAGCCUUGGGUAAAAGCAUCUGGUCAAUAGUGAUUGUAAUUUUUUUUAUAUAAAAUUAUUGGAUUAAGUGGAGAUGAGAGAGAAUGAACAUAUAGUAGUAACAUGCUGGGACUUUCCCAAAAAACAAUUCAGGGUGCUGGAGACUAUUCUGAUCGUACAGGGUGCAAGGCAGGGACCAGCACUAAAUGCAAUUCCAGGCCAUCGCAGGGCAAAUUUCUGCAACACUCAAACGUGACCAGUUUAGAAAUGCCAAUAAACUUAAGACACCCAGGUCUGGGAUAUGGGAAGAAAACCAGAGCACCUCAGGGGGAGAACUGGCAAACUCCACAAAGACCCCAACCCUGGGUUGGAUUUGAAUCCAAGAUGCUGUGUCCACGGGGCAGCAGAGAUAACCAGUGCAGCACCAUGUCAUUAAACCUGAAAGUUAAGUGUUUUCUUAUCUUUAGUGAUUCUCAGUGCUAAAAAAUGGCAUAAAUGUUAUAUUCAAUGGCCAAAUUAGUCAGUAGCAAAUUCAGAUGCCAAUUGCAUUAAAAUCUGAACCUGAAUUUGGCAAGCAUCCAUUAUCCAUCCAUCCAUCCAUCCAUUUCCUAACCCGCUGAAUCCGAAUACAGGGUCACGGGGGU